AUGCAACGAUCUGUAUUUUUUUUUUCCCUAUUUGCUGCAUUGCAGAUACUCGUUGCAGCGCAAAUACCACCUGCAACUUGUCAACAAGCGGCUCCGAAUCAGACUGUUUUGCAUCUCCCUUCCGCCAAUGUAUCCGUCCCAACGUCACCCUGGGGACUCGCCUACGUGAGCGACGGCGUUGCCUUUAUCUCACUGGGAGCAUUCGUUGGUGUGCUGAAUACGUCUACAUGCACUUCACAUCUUAUUCGCACAAUCAAGCUACCAAAAUAUAGCAUUCAUAGUGAUGGCUCCACCGAUGACAAUGGUGCGGCUGAGCUCACUAUGUCCAAGAAUCGGAAAGAGGUGUGGGUGUCACUUGGGCCCGGGGCAAUUGUGCUCGAUGUCGAGAAAGCGUUAUGCGGGCACGAAGAUGCAAUAAUUGGCGAGCUCAUCACUCCUAUGUUCUCUAGUGCGACGCAGAUUGUCCUGUCCAUUGAUGAGAGCUAUGCUUUUAUUAGUCAAGAAUAUGGGAGUAAUGCUACGCGAGGACGUGGUGGAGUUCAAGUGUUCGAGGUGAAUAGAGAGAGAAAUGGGACUAUUUCCGGCAUUUACAUUGGCUUUACGGAGCUCCAAUAUGCUGUGAACGGGAUGGCUCUCUCCGCUGAUGGGAAAAAUAUCUACGUCACCAGCGAAGCCACACUAGCGUCUCUAAUGCACCACAAGGACCGCGGGAUUCUGAGCGUCCUGGAUGUUGAAAGAUUAAAGUUCACCCCGUCUAAGGCCCUAAAGGUCAGUGUCGAUGCCGGUUGUGAGCCUGUCCGCGUCGCAGUGUCACCAGAUGGAUCCUCGGUAUGGGUGACAGCCCGAGCGAGCAAUCAUCUUGUUGUCUUUGAUGCCACCAAGCUCACGACCAUGCAGCAUUAUGAUGCACAGAUAGCUACCGUUCAAGUCGGAACUUCACCUAUUGGACUCGUCUUUGUCAACGGUGGCCGGCAGAUAAUCACAGCUGAUUCAAACCGGAAUAAUUUCAGAAAUGCUACAACGGGUCUGACAGUUGUUGAUAUUGAUUCAGCUUUGUCCGGGAAGCAAAAAUUCGCCCGUGUACACACUGGUUUAUUUCCGCGCUCAUUUUCUCUCAGCCCAGAUGGUAACACGCUGCUCGUCUCGCAGUUCGAUAGUAAUGCUAUUCAAUCAAUCAACCUGGCCCUUUUUAGUCGUGGUCAAAAGCAUCACGCCCUCUGA